AUGUCUCUAGAUCGUCGUCACCCAGCCUCGCUCUUGCCCCGCUCAUGCCACGACCCGGCUUUCGUCGACCUCAUGCGCCAGCCGGUCACGUACGACAUGAUCCGCUACAUCGCCCUGCAGACUACUCGCGUCAUUAGGCUGGGCGAGGAUCCUCAGGCUGCAGCGCUCCCCACUCCUCCGCACACGCCCCAAAAGGCGACGUUCGAUGAUGCCCCCCAGUCGUCGGACAACCUGCCGUCGCUCGAGGACUUCAUCAUCAUGAUCGUACAAUCCUCUCAUGUGCAGGUGCCUACUCUCCUCACUACGUUGGUCUACCUUGAGCGGCUGCGGUCGAAGCUGCCCAAGAUGGCCAAGGGUAUGCCAUGCACAAGGCAUCGUGUCUUCUUGGCGACCCUCAUUGUCGCAGCCAAGUACCUCAACGACUCGUCACCCAAGAACAAGUGCUGGGGCAUCUAUGCUACCCUGUUUGACCUUGCCGAAAUCAACCUGAUGGAGAAGCAGCUCUUGUACCUCUUGGACUAUGACCUGCGUUUCGACGAAGCUGAGGCUAUCCAGCGGUUUGCUCCGUUCAUGCCCAACUGCUCUGCUGCUGCCAAGGAGGCUCGUGCUACUGCUGUGAGCCGUGCCAAGGCCCGGGUGCAAGCUCAGAUGCCACCGACUCCGCCUCACGAUGCUAGGUUGUCUCCACUCCCGUCGCCUGCUGGUUCUCUGUCUGGUGUCCAGCGUCUCAUGAAGCGCAUCUCCUCUCAGUACCUUGGCGCAUCUGGGUCAUCGGCCAGCCCCCAGCCACGACCGAUUACUCGCGAGCUGUCAAGUGGCUCCGAUGCUAGCAGCACUAGCGGUGACUCCGAGGCAGGCUCACUCACUUCCGACAGUGGCUCUUCUGCGGCUAGUUCUCCUGCUCUGUCCCCUUCCGACGGCGAGCUCGACAACGUCCAGAUCAAGGAUGCUUUGCCGACCGAGGCAGUUGACAGGAAGUUCGUCUUGCAACCCGUCCCCACUCGUGCGUUCAAGAGGCAAGGCAGGAAGACAUCUACAGCUUCUACGUCCACCAUCAGAUCUGAUGCCACGGAGGGCAAGAAGCCGUCAGGCCUUGGCAGAGGUGAUUCCGAGGGAUCGUCGCGGACGUCCUCGUGCGCGUCAUCUCCAUCGCCUACUGCGUCCGGCGCCCCCACUAUCGACUUCAAGAUGGGCAUGGGCCGUGGACUCCGAUCGGUUACCUAUGCCAAUGUGCACCAGAGUCAGGCUUCCUUAACGCCAAGUGCCACCUUGCCGGCUAUGGCUCGGAACGUCUCUGACAUGGGCCCCUCGACCGGCGGAAACUUCCUCAGCAGGAUGUUCGGCACCUCGAACAAAAGCAGCGACAAGGAGAAGGAAAAGGACGGCGCCGAGCACGGUGACGCUGUGGAACCUCACGGCGUCAGCAGCGCCUUCCGCCGCCUUGCGCACUCCAAGUCAGCGCUCUUCCGUACGCAGGCGCAGGCCGCAUGA